AUGCAGUAUGUCCGUAGCAUCAGCGGCUCCGUCUCCAAGACAUGGAACUCAAUCAAUCCGGCAACUCUGAGUGGUGCGAUCGAUGUGAUCGUGAUUGAACAAGAGGAUGGUACCCUCGCUUGCUCGCCGUUUCAUGUCCGCUUUGGAAAGUUCUCACUUCUCCGUCCGUAUGAGAAAAAGGUCGAGUUCAAGGUCAAUGGAGUGAAGCAGGAGUAUGCCAUGAAAUUGGGAGAAGGAGGCGAAGCGUUCUUCGUCUUUGAAACCACCGACGAUAUCCCCGCGUCCUUGCAAACCUCCCCGUUGGUGUCUCCUGCAGCGAGCCCUCAAGUACCGGUUCAAGAUCUUGGAGCAAAUCUGCAGGAGCCUGAAUUUUUGGACCUGGAGAAGACUCCCAGUGAUGCCUUGUCCGAUAGCGCGAGGACUCCACCAGGAAUCCAUUUAUCGAGGCAAUCACGGGCAGCCACGGAUUUAGGUGCGAUCACGCCACUGUCACGUUCACCUGCAGAUUCGGACUCGAGUCCUUUCGGCACCGGCUCGCCUAAACCUCGACUUGACCAUUCGCUCUCGGACAAUGUGAUAGGCGUCAGUGGCAGUCGAUCUGAUGAUGGGAACCCAACGUCUCAGGCCGGGCUUGACCCAGCUUACGGGGAUGAUUCUGAGGAGAAAAUGCGGCCCCGAAGUCCACCUCCAUUGUCUCCUCAAGAAGCCAUGUCUCGUGCAAUCUCGUUAUCGAAGAAGCUCUCUGGCUCAAAUAUACCCUCGCAUGUCACCGAGACCGGUGAUUUGAUGUUAGAUAUGACAGGGUACAAGAGCAAUGAGGAAGACGCGAUUCGGGCCGAGGUUAUGGCGCGCAAGAUUCUUGCUGAAGAACUGGAGGGUAGUUAUGACAUCGGCGCACUCAUUGGAGCGGAUGAGCAUGGGAACCUCUGGAUUUACAGCAGCGAAGAGGCCAAAGAAGCUGCCUACCGGACAACGGCUUUGAGAUCCAUCCGAACUACAAAAUCCGGCGAUGACGAUGCAGUUUCUGACCCUGGCUAUCACAGCGAGGGUGAACAUCCCACCAUGGAGCCGAGCAUGGCCACUCGUCAUCAUCGGACCAAGUCCGAUGUCCAGCCAGGUUUUCCAACCCCGCCUCAGUCCCCAAUUCAGGAUUCCUUCGCAGCAGAAACCCGCAAUUAUGCCAAGACCCUACGGUUGACCAGCGACCAGCUCAAGGCACUGAAGCUCAAGCCGGGCCCGAAUUUCAUGUCCUUCAGCGUGAACAAAGCAACCUGUACAGCAAACAUGUUCCUCUGGAAUGGAAAUGUCCCUAUUGUGAUCUCCGACAUUGAUGGAACAAUCACCAAGUCUGACGCCCUUGGACAUGUUCUCAACAUGAUUGGGCGUGAUUGGACCCAUGCCGGUGUUGCCAAAUUGUACACAGACAUUGUGAAUAACGGCUACAACAUUAUGUAUUUGACCAGUCGGUCCGUCGGCCAAUCGGACACAACACGGGCAUACCUGAACGGUGUCUGCCAAGAUGGAUACCGUCUUCCCAAGGGACCGGUCAUUUGCAGUCCUGAUCGUACCAUGGCGGCGCUGAGGCGGGAGAUCUACUUGAGGAAACCAGAAGUCUUCAAGAUGGCUUGCCUGCGUGACAUUCUCGGUCUGUUUGCCGGCAAAGAGAAUCCCUUCUACGCUGGAUUUGGCAAUCGGUUGACGGACGCUCUGAGCUACCGAUCGGUGAACAUCCCUUCGACCCGCAUCUUCACGAUCAAUUCCAACGCCGAAGUGUCUCUUGAUUUGCUCAGCUUGAACAAGUACAAGAGUAGCUACGUCACUAUGCAAGAGUUGCUUGAUCAUUUCUUCCCCCCAGUCAGUCUUCUGGUACAAUCUGGAGGAGAAGGAUAUACCGAUUUUUUGUAUUGGCGCGAUACCCCGCAGGAUCUCGAAGAUUUCUCUUCCACCGAUAGCGAAGAUGAAGAGGAGCCCAUGGAAGACGAAAUUGUUGAAGAAGAAGAGGAUGCGGACGAGGAGGAUUACGAGGAAGAGUUGAGCGAAGGGGAAGGAAGUGAAUACCUCGACGAGGCUGCAGCAGAUGAAGAAGGCACCGAUCUGGGCGCCAGCUACAUUUCACAAACCUCCGAGGCGCUGUCCUAUGCUGCUGAUUCAAUCGAAGAAACCCUUGAAGGUGAUCUUGAAGACGAUGAUGACUUGGAGGCAGCAUUGGAUGCGAUCCCCGAGGGUGUUUUGCCGGCCACGAAAGUUGGUGCCAUCACUCUCCCUCUUCGACCCAAGUCUCGGGAUGUAUGA